AGUAAAUAUACGUUUUACUAGCGAUUAGUCCAAGUGUGUUUGCAUCUACUAUAAAACAAGUGCAUGUAGUUUAAUUACGAUGAAAACGAUUUGUUUAAUGGCUUUAGCUCUAUUAACAUCGCUACACAAGUCAGAGCAAACGGCCGGUCGGAAACAAAAACGCGGCUCCUUCGAGGAAUUUCCAGUGGGAAGUUACGCCGAAGGUAUCGGAGUACCGCUGCAGAAAACUUCGCAGUUCACCUCCGGAGUUGACCACUACUUGCCAUUUUCGGCCGUUGACACUGGAAACGUGAAGGUGGAUGUCGAUCUGCCUCCAUUCCGACCACAAUAUCAACAACAGAACGUUGCUGUCACGGCGUCAGCCGACCAUGUGCCACAGAUACUGUCCAAUUCCAUCGAUAAACCAGUACAAGAACCACAGGAAUACAUUCCUCCAUCAUCCAUUGGCACAGCAAUCAUUCCUCAAAUGCCUCCUCCUGCAGUACCUGUAAACGCAGUUGCUUCCAACGUACCAUCAAAUCAAGGGGCUACUUUCCUUGGCUCAGGAUCUUUGGGAGUUGUGGAUUUAGGAAAUGGAGCUUAUGCCUUGGGAUCGGGUUCAAUCGGAUACUCAAACAUGAGAUCGAAUCCCCGUCCCAGCAUCAAGUCCCCGCUAUUUCCGCCGGUCCAAGCGGCCCCCAACCUAAUCCCAGCGGCGGUACCCAGCUCCAUACCACCGCCCGCCAAUCCGCUGCCCGCCUACGACCCAGUCACGGUACCGGUUGACUACAACGACCCGCUGAUAAACUACCUCAACCCGGCGCCACCGAAAGACGCAAACGGUUACGAGUACCUGCCCCCGAACAGAGUGGGAUUCGGAUCCCCGUUGCCCAGGUUGCCGAGAGUUAAGGCCACGAUGGCGUUUGCCACCCCCACGGCGUUACAGGUGCAGCAACCCCCGCUGCCCCAGCCCGUUCCACCUCCGCAACCCAGUUAUAUGUUUAUAACGUCGCCGGGCUCGCAGGAUGUUUCUAGUCAGACUCUUACCUUUGGACAAAAGUUGCCUGAUUUGUAUUCACAGCAACUGGCCUUUGGUCAAAAAUAAAUUCAAGGCAAAGUUGUUAAGUUACCAUUUUUAUAAAUAUAUUGUGUUAAGUUAUUGUUUAUAAUAAUUUAUAUAGCAAAUAUGAAAGUUUAGAAGAACAAAAUUUUUAAAUAAGUGUUCGAAAGAAAACGCAAAAUUGUGUUCAAAACUGUCAUUAUA